CUUCACCUCUCUAUCUUACUAUUUCCUUUCUGCGUGUUCUGAUUAUUAGGGCACACGUGGUAGAAGCUCGUGCUGUUGGCGGCGCACCGGAGUGGAUAGCGGAUACUUAAAGUCAUGAGGCCAGGUUUCAGUCCCAGAGGUGGUCGGGGUGGAUUUGGAGACCGGGGUGGAUUUGGAGACCGGGGUGGUUUCAGAGGUGGUCGAGGUGGGUUUGGAGGUCGUGGACGAGGUGGAGACCGGGGUGGCAGAGGAGGAUUUGGUGAUCGUGGUGGCAGAGGAGGAUUCGGUGAUCGUGGUGGCAGAGGAGGAUUCAGAGGUGGUUUUGGAAGAGGAGGGCCCCGUGGUGGACGGGGAGGAAGAGGAGGCUUUGGCGGAGGAAAGAAGGUUAUAGUAGAACCUCACAGACAUGAAGGUGUAUUUAUUUGCAGAGGAAAAGAAGAUGCACUGGUGACAAGAAAUUUGGUUCCUGGAGAAUCCGUCUAUGGUGAAAAGAGGAUUUCAGUGGAGGAUGGAGAAGUGAAGACAGAAUACAGAGCAUGGAAUCCAUUCAGAUCGAAACUUGCUGCUGCAAUUUUGGGUGGAGUAGAUCAAAUUCACAUCAAGCCUGGUUCCAAAGUAUUGUACCUUGGAGCUGCAUCUGGAACAACAGUCUCGCAUGUCUCUGAUUUAGUUGGCCCAGAAGGGUUGGUGUAUGCUGUAGAGUUUUCACACAGAUCUGGACGUGAUCUAAUUAAUGUUGCAAAGAAGCGCACCAAUAUCAUACCGGUGAUUGAAGAUGCGAGACACCCACACAAAUACCGCAUGUUGCUAGGUAUGGUAGAUGUGAUAUUUGCAGAUGUGGCGCAACCAGAUCAGACUCGAAUUGUUGCCCUAAAUGCUCAUAACUUCCUAAAGCAAGGUGGACAUUUUGUUAUCUCCAUAAAGGCAAACUGUAUAGAUUCUACAGCAGCUCCAGAGGCUGUUUUUGCUUCAGAAGUGAAGAAAAUGCAACAGGAGAACAUGAAACCACAAGAACAGUUGACGUUGGAACCCUAUGAAAGAGACCAUGCUGUUGUGGUUGGAAUUUACAGGCCGCCUCCCAAACAGAAGAAAUGAACAUUGGAUUGAAUAUUUGAUUUUUAAGACUUUGUACAAUUACUGCCACUGCACCCAAGACAUUUCAGCUUCCAUGCUCAGUAAGAAGAAUAAAGUCCACGUAUAAAUGGUUUGAAAGACUUCCAACAAGAACUUUCAGAUGUAAUUUUAACUUUGUUUUCUGUUUAUAAUUCUGUUGGUGUCUCAGGGUGUCUGCAGAGCUUACUUUUCAGACAAUUUAUAAUUUCUUAUUUAGAUUUAAGCCUUAAACAGAAAUAGAGGACCUACUUUUUUGUUCACAUUUUAUAAAUAAAUUAAAAAAAGCUCCCAGAAAAUACAGUUCUGCGUGAGAAUAUAAGGGCAUGUACUAUGUAUUUUUAUGACAAAUGUGCUCUUCUGAUAAUGGAAAGUACUAAAGUAAAACCCUUGUUUCCAA